AUGUAUUUAUUUUCUGGCACUAAAGCGCCCCGGGGCGCGCUGCCUGCAGGGUGUGCUGCCUGCGGGGCGUGCUACCCGCAGGGCGCGCAGCCUAAGGGGCACGCUACCCGCGGGGCGCGCUACCCGCACAGCGCGCUGCCUGCGGGGCGUGCUACCCGCGAGGCGCGCUACCUGCGGGGCACGAUACCUGUGGGGCGCGCUACCUGCGGGGUGCGAGACCUGCGGGGCGUGAUACUUGCGGGGCGCGCGGCCUACGGGGUGCACUGCCUACGGGGCACGCUGGCUAAAGUAGGUACUUUCCUUGAGAUAUACGAUGGUGUGAAGCUAUUCGUAACAGCAGUGCCCUUAGCUGUGGCAUGUGCAAUAGUGGUGCCAUGUGCAAAAGUGGUGCCAUGUGCAACAGUGGUGUCAUGUGCAACAGUGGUGCCAUAUGCAACAGUGGUGCCAUGUGUAACCGUGGUGUCAUGUGCAACAGUGGUGCCAUGUGCGACAGUGGUGCCAUGUGCAACAGUGGUGCCAUGUGCAACAGUAGUGCCAUGUGCAACAGUCGUGCCAUACGCGACAAUUGUGCUGUGCACAUGCUUUGAUUGA